UUUCUGCCUAAUUAUGUCCUUUCUUCGAAUCUGUUCUGUUUCUCACGUACUUUAUCGCAGUUUAAAUAAUUUAAAACAGGAUAAAGUUCUACAAAGGAGGUUUUCCAAUAAGUUCAACUUGAAAAAGAAAGAUAAGCAUUGGGCAAAGUUAUCCAACAAGAAGUGGUCAACAGACUUGGCAAUCCAGCACUUUGAUGACUUUUAUUCAAGUAUAUUUGGAAAACAAUGGCCCUCUAUAAGACUGGCUCUGCUUUGCCCCCACAAAUAUUUUGCUGUCAUCAAUUGUUUUUCUAACCAAGAAAAAACAGAAAAUAUGCUUUUUGACCUUGGAGCAUUACAUUUGAGAGAUGUAUAUUCAUCUGCUCUAGAUAUUAGCACCCAAAACAGUGUAAUUGAUAAAAGUGAAAGUCAUUCUGAUACAGUUACAGUGUACCAGAAAGAACCACCUAAUCAGACAGUUUCAGGUGAAGGGGAAAACCAAUCAGACAUAUCUUCUGAUGAUUCUGAAGUAACAGGCUAUUCCAGUCAACAUAAUGAGAGUAUAGAUAGUGUUCGAUAUAUCAGUCCAAAUGAUUUGAUGAGGCUGGCAGAACAAGACUAUAUGCCUGUGACAAAGAUGAGACAUCAAGAAGAAAUAGUCAAUGAAAAAGAAUAUUUUGACCUCUACCAACCUCAGAUGACCGAAUCUUUUUCAGUUAAACAAGAAAAAGAAUUGAACUUUCCAGAACACUUGAGUGCAUGGUUUUUUUUCCGAGGAGAUCUUUCUGACUUUCCAAGUCCAAAACGAGAUUCUCUUGGCUUACUUGGUUACUACUUAAUGGAUGGAGCUUCAGUGUUACCUGUUCUUGCAUUGGGAAUCAAACCAGGUGAUAUAGUGGCUGAUUUGUGUGCAGCACCUGGUGGAAAAGCUCUUACAGCUCUUCUUACUCUACUGCCAGAUAAACUGAUAUGUAAUGAUAUUAGUGAAUCACGAAUAAACCGUCUGAUGGAAGUUUUCAAGUUCUACGUUCCUUCUAUGGAUUCAUGGAGGAAGAGGAUUGUAAUAAUGAAAAGUAAUGCUUGUGAUGAAAGACACACUGGAUGUUAUGACAAGGUUUUGGUUGAUGUUCCAUGUACUAAUGACAGACUUUCUGUAAACAAAAAUGACAACAACAUUUUCAAACCUACUCGACUAAAGGAGAGAAUAGAACUUCCUCACAAACAGACGAAUAUCUUAUGUGCUGGACUAAAAAGUUUGAAGCCAGGUGGAUCAUUGGUGUAUUCUACAUGUUCCUUGUCCCCCAUCCAGAAUGAUGGAGUUGUCAACAUGGCUCUACAGAAUAUGUAUGAGACAACAAACUCGCAGUUUUGUGUCAAGGAUCUUACCGAUACCUUUAGACCAUUUCAUAAUGUUUUUAGGUUUAGCUUUACAUGUAAAUAUGGACAGUUGGUUGUUCCCUUUUUACCUCAGAAUUUUGGUCCCAUGUAUAUCUGUAAAAUAGAGAGAGAUGAAUAGUAAAUUUGAUGGUAUUUA